AUGGAAGCAAUGGGUGCACUGAAUAGCACAGUUCGAAAAAAAUCUACUCCUGAUUGGAUUGCGCCAACUUCAUCAAGGAAAUGCAAUGAUAUUAAUGGCAAAUUGUUUGUCAAAAAAUUGGCAAAUAUCCGAUGGCGGAAAAAGUGUCGGCAGAUAUCGCGAGAAGAUCAGCGUGCUUUUCGUGCACUUAUCAGUCACUGGACCAGUUCUGAAAUUUCAGCAUUCCUGACAGAAAUGGAAAGCGCUUACGCUGUGCAGAAAAUGACAUUGAUGGCCGAGAAAGCUCGACCGAGCUCAUCAUUUUUAGCAGUUGAUUUGCUAAAUGCAUGGAAGAACGAAGUAGUCACUGACUGUUUUAUUAUACAUAAGAACAUCCGAUACGCAGUUCAUUCUUUUAUGCUUCGAGCACGAUGUCGUCAUUUCUCUAAUGUCUGGGAUUCUAUGGUUACUCAGCGGGUCGAUAAUGGAAAGCUAGAAGUUCCAUUUAUAGAUGACAGUAUCUCAUCAGUCAUGUUUCAAGCAAUGUUAUAUUUCAUUUACACUGGUGAUUAUGAUAAAUCAUUACUUGAUAAUGAUAGAAUGUUGUUUAAUACCAUUCUACAAAGAUAUGGUUGUGGUUCGUCGCUUUCCGAUGAUCUUAUCGCUUUCAAUUGCCAUGCAUCUGAUUGUACCCUAGUUUUCACUUCUGCAAACAAUGAAGAGGAGGAAAAAAGUUGUGGUCAUAAUGAAGACUAUCGAAUACAAUGUUCUGCUGCAGUUUUGGCAGCUCGAUCAAGUUAUUUGCGAUCACUGAUAGAAAAGCGAAUUUCUUCAAAAGAAAAGUUAGAAAUUACUGUCAGUGAACACCUCUUUCCACGUAUUUAUUCUAAUUGCAUUCUGGAUGCUAUCUAUACUGACCGAUUGGAUUUGAAUAAAAUAUCUCAAGGAUGUCAAAUGUCUGCUAGCAGUUUAAGCGAAGUACAAGCCAUUGCGUCUGGCAAACGUCAUAUUGCUCCUCUUCGUCAUGCCAUUGACAUAUUUCACAUAUCUCAAUUUCUUAAUCUUCUGCAUUUAGUACAAGUCUGUGAGGACAUAAUCGUUUCGCAGAUGUCGAUUGAAACAGUUGGGAGCUUAUGGAAUUGGGCAUGCGAAUCUGGUGGUUCUCUGUACGUUCGACGACAUUGUAUUAUAUUUCUUUGUUCUGAAUUCUCUCGCAUUUCUUCUUCACACCUUUUGUUUGAGCUAGAAGAAGAAUUGAUUGGAAACUGUUUGCUUAGCGACUACGUCCAGUGCGCAGAGGUAAAAAUCUUAGAAGCAGUUAUACGUUGGGGUGAGCACGAAUUAGUUCGACGAAUGGAAGAACGAGAACCAAAUCUUAUUGCCAACACUACACACAGCAUUAGCAGAAAAGGCAUUAGACGUUCAGAGCUUAAUGAUGAAGAACUUAGAAAUAUAUUGGCUAAUAUACUGCCUCUUGUCCGAGUGGAUUACAUCCUUCCUCCGUUCCAUGAGAGCUUAAAUGCUGCUUACAAAAGAGGUUUGUUGGAUAGAUCACCUGAUAUGGACUUAUUAGGUCAGCAAUAUCCAGAUAGUAGAUCACCAGACGUGAAUCCCGAUGCACACUGGUUUGAUCAUAGUGUACCUCGUCGGCACGCUGCUGGACCACGAUUUCUAUUGCCAUAUAUUUUAGAAGCUCACAAACAGCUGAAGCGCCUGUGCGGAAAUGGAGGAAUAAUACAAAAUUUAUCUAUUUUGCAACAAAAAAAUUUGGACAGAUCUCACUUUCUAGUCAAAAAUUUAUUUCCUGAAAUCAUAUCUGAAAGUUUGCAAUCUGAUAUUGAAAAGCGAAUAAAAGAACUUGCUAGAGAUGAUUUAAUGAAUAAAGUAUCUUGUUGUGGUUGUCCGCAUCAUAUUCAGUUGGCAGUCGAGCAGAUUCGACGUCGAGUACUCCGUGAAUUCAACAUUAGUGAAGAUUGUAUAGAAGUUAUAUACAGUAAUUUGGCAUCGAAGCGAGAGGCAAUUUCUCGUUGCUACUGCAGUCAACCAAUACUAACUGCCAUUUAUGAUGUUGUCGAUACUAAUGCCGACAUUUCCCUUUCUUCUGCUACAAUUUUUGAUUUUGGUCACUUUCAUUUUAUCUAUGCAAGUGAAGGUAGUAGAACAUAA